UGUAGUGACAUAUGACAACAAACACAUCCACGUUGGUGUCUUGUGUUUAAGUACGAAUCGCGAGUUUCCUGCUGUAGCGAAUACACUGCAGUUGUUGAUAUGUCGUUCUACAGUAGAUCAAUGACAUUGGUGGCUUUAAUUGCUACGUUUAUUUAUUGUUCAUGCCACCCAAGUCCUCGGUGUUUGCUAAUUUCGUUUGAUGGAUUUCGUUGGAACUAUCUGAAUGACAACACAUCCACACCAAACUUUAACAAGAUAAUAAAGAACGGUGUGACUGCUACACGUGGAGUAGUGAACGCUUUCAUCACCAAGACGUUCCCAAACCAUUACAGCAUCGUGACAGGCUUGUAUGAGGAGAGCCACGGUAUAGUUGGGAACACUAUGUACGAUCCCCUCUACAAGGAGGUGUUCCACAUCAACAACCAAAAACAGGUCACCGAAUCUAAGUGGUUUGACAACGGAGGGGAGCCUGUGUGGGUGACAAAUCAGAGACAGGCAAAUAUGCAUCGCAGUGGCGUGAUGUAUUGGCCUGGGGACGCAGCGUCUGUAAAGGGUUUUCUGCCAUACAGGUAUGAGGUAUACAACCCGGAUGUAACAAACAAAAGUAGGGUUGACAAAGUUAUUGACUGGUUCACAGACGAGUAUCCUAUCAACCUUGGUCUGCUGUACUUUGAACAGCCAGAUACCCUAGGACAUGAGGUUGGGCCAGAUUCUCCAGAGAUGAAGAAAAUGAUUGAAGCCCUAGAUGAAGUUGUUGGGUAUCUUUUGCAAAAAAUUGAAGAGCAUGACUUAGGAGAUCUAAAUGUGAUUAUUACAAGUGACCACGGAAUGUCUUCCACACCAAAGUCAAAGAUCAUUGACUUAGAUAAGCAUAUCAGUCCAUUAUCAUAUCAGAUAUUUUCUUCAAAUCCUAUUGGAAGUGUUCUUCCAAAUGAAGGAAUGGAAGACGAGAUUUUUAAGAACCUGUCUUCAGUGCCCAAUUUAAAGGUGUACAGGAAAGGGAAGGACAUACCUGAGAGAUUUCACUAUGAACACAACAGGCGGAUACAGCCCCUACUGCUGGUGUCAGAGGAAGGAUAUUCCUUGCGUCAUAAUAAUUCAUAUGUGCCAA